AUCGCCAGAUACCUACGCUUUUUACAGUCUUCCAGAGUAACGGUUCUGGCGCCGUUCUUAUCGCAUCCGCGAUCCCACCGCCCCAUUUAUCUUCCAAUUCCUCCUCUUGGGAUCAUUUCCCACUCUCUUUCUCUCUCUUUUUCUGGUUUUUGGUGGGGGAAGGGUGCCGCUUCUCUCUUUGGUGGUGCAGGAGAAGAUGGGGAGGAUGGAGUUCCUGAAGAUGAAGACGGACGGAGUGAACGAGGAGUUGCUUGAAUCUGAUCUCAACGAGCUGGCCACGGCGGCCAGGAAGCUGGCGAAGCACGCCGUUUCUCUUGGUGGCGUUGGGAUCGGGACGUCUAUUCUCAAAUGGCUCGCUACCAUCGCUGCAAUAUAUUUGCUGAUAUUGGAUCGGACAAAUUGGAGGACUAACAUGCUGACAUCCCUUUUGGUCCCAUACAUCUUUUUUUCACUUCCAGCAGUUAUAUUCUCCUUCUUAAGAGGACAAGUUGGAAGAUGGAUAGCUUUCAUUGCUGUUAUUUUGCGAUUAUUCUUCCCACGGCAUUUCCCAGAUUGGUUGGAGAUGCCAGGGUCGCUGAUUCUGAUCCUUGUGGUUGCACCCAGCUUCUUUGCCUCCACAUUAAGAGAUGGUAUUGUUGGAGUCAUCAUAUGUCUCAUUAUAGGUGCAUACCUUCUUCAAGAGCAUAUCAGGGCAUCCGGUGGAUUCAGGAACUCAUUUACCCAGAGCCACGGAAUCUCUAACACUCUGGGCAUCAUAGUUCUGCUUGUCUAUCCUCUCUGGCGCUUGGUGGUUUAUUUUAUCUGAGGACCUGUGUGAUCCUACUGUUUUUAGUUUUACGGUUUGUUGACUUGAUUAUGCUCUUAAAGACCUCCUUUGUAUAUCAUGUGCACACUCGCAUGUUAAGACUAGCUCUUCAAAAAAGAUGCUAGUGUUCUUAGUUGUUUGAGACUACUCUCCUGUGAAUGGAUGUUUUUCUGCAGUUGCUUGGAA